CAAUGCCGCCCCUCCAAUUCGAAUCCCGACCCAGGUCGGAAUCCAGGUCACAUUAACCACACUCCCAACUGCGAGUUUGGGCGACGGCCACUUGUCGGACGCCCAAGUAACCUAGCCCAAUCAAAAAAAAAAAAAUCGACAGAUUACUAGCAGACAGGUUUCCAUCAUUCACCUAGUCUAUUUUCCCGCUACCUCAUUCUUUGUUCGUGAUUGUGGAUCUGGUUGGCUUCCAGCCCGGACGGAACAUACGACUGCCUCAGGCUGGUUGGUAACACCAUCCUCCACCUUGGAUAGAAUUUCAUCUCAAACGUCGACAAAGAAGCCUGCGUUGCCAGCAUUGCUUCUUGUCUCAGUUGAUGCGAUAUACCGAGCCACCACUUCCCCACAUCUUCCAACUUCGAUCGACUUCCAGCCAAGUGUUUGCGCUUCCAUCGAGCACCGACAUACCGCAUUUCCGAAACUUUCUACACGCUCAAGACCAUCUACGUUACUAUAUCGAUAUUCAACAAAGUACACCUGCGACACCAACGACGGUCAAACUAACCGUGUCUUGAUAUUUCCACCAUGGCUAUGAGUUCGCGUCUCCGGCGUGUGGCCAAGGAGUUGCAAGACAUUCAAAAUGAUAGAGACAACUCCGGCGUAAUGGCGUCGGCCAUCAACGAGUCGGACCUUACACAUCUGAGAGGCUCCUUUCCGGGGCCGCCAGGAACUCCAUAUGAGGGCGGCACAUAUGUUGUCGACAUCAUAAUCCCUGACACUUACCCCUUCAAGUCGCCCAUAAUGAAGUUCGAGACCAAGAUGUGGCAUCCCAACGUCAGCAGCCAAACUGGUGUAAUUUGUCUCGACACUCUAGGAGCCGGCUGGUCUCCUGUAGGCACCAUCAAGAUGGCCCUCUUGUCUCUCCGCAUGCUUCUCGAAUCGCCUAACCCCCGCGACCCACAAGACGCCGAAGUCGCCAAGAUGAUGAUGGAAGAUCCCGAUUACUUCAAGGUUGUUGCACACGACUGGGCUGUCAGGUAUGCCGGCGCUCGUAGAACACAACCACCCCCUGACCAAUACGUCAGAAAGACUCCCGUCGCAGCUCAGAAGGCAGCGGAGGAUCCCCGAAGGUACUGCGGCUACAACAAGGAUCUGAUCGAUCGUUUUGUGAGCAUGGGGUUCGAACUCGACAAGGUUGUGGAGGCUUUCCUCUUCGUUGGUAUCGACCGCAAUGGUGGCCGGGAUUACGAGCUUGAGGAGGCAUACAUGGGCGACAUCACCGCUAGGCUUUUGGGCGAGCAGUGAUGCGAUACAAGAACACAGCAUGUGAUGCGCACGAGACACCCGCACCAUGUGGCACAAGACGCAGGCGCCUCUGUUUGGUUUUUUCUUUCUUCGGCUCCUUUGAACUUUUGUUUUUAUGAUUUAUCUUGCAUGUCUUGAGUUUGGGUGGGACUGGCAUAUACAUAUUAUCGGCGUUACUGCGGGGGGG